AUGAAUCUGGUAGACCUGUGGUUAACUCGCUCCCUCUCCAUGUGUCUCCUCCUACAAAGUUUUGUUCUUAUGAUACUGUGCUUUCAUUCUGCCAGUAUGUGUCCCAAGGGCUGUCUUUGUUCAUCCUCUGGGGGUUUAAAUGUCACCUGUAGCAAUGCAAAUCUCAAGGAAAUACCCAGAGAUCUUCCUCCUGAGACGGUCUUAUUGUAUCUGGACUCCAAUCAGAUCACAUCUAUACCCAAUGAGAUUUUCAAGGACCUUCAUCAACUGAGAGUUCUUAACCUGUCCAAAAAUGGCAUUGAAUUUAUUGAUGAGCAUGCCUUCAAAGGAGUUGCUGAAACUUUGCAGAGUCUGGACUUGUCCGACAAUAGGAUUCAAAGCGUGCACAAAAAUGCCUUCAACAACCUGAAGGCCAGGGCCAGAAUUGCCAACAAUCCCUGGCACUGUGACUGUACGCUACAGCAAGUUCUGAGGAGCAUGGCCUCCAAUCACGAGACAGCCCACAAUGUCAUCUGUAAGACCUCUGUGUUGGAUGAGCAUGCUGGAAGACCAUUCCUCAAUGCUGCCAAUGAUGCUGACCUUUGUAACCUCCCUAAAAAAACUACUGAUUAUGCCAUGCUGGUCACCAUGUUUGGCUGGUUCACCAUGGUAAUUUCAUAUGUGGUAUAUUAUGUCAGGCAAAAUCAGGAGGAUGCACGGAGACACCUUGAAUACUUGAAAUCCCUGCCAAGCAGGCAAAAGAAAGCAGACGAACCUGAUGACAUUAGCACUGUGGUAUAG